UGUGUGUGUGUUGGGGGAAUUUGUUGAUAGAUAGAACGAAAACAAAACGAAUUUAAUUUUUCAAAAUCAAACCAAAUCAAUUCGCAUUGUUCAUCUGCCUGCGAAGCUUUGUGUUUUUUGUGUGCUCCAAUUGUGGAACACUGCAAUAAGAUACACAUACAACAAAAAAAUCCAAAUAAUAUUUAGUGGCCAGUGAAAGUGUAACGAGAUAAAUAGAUACAAUCAGCAGAAACGUCCAGCAACAACAAUGGCCACAUAUCAGAUGAACUUCAACCAGGAUUUUACAUCCCUGUCCGUGCUGAGUCCCACGGGCCUGCGCCUGUACUCGAUAGCCAGCCAGGACAAGGUGGAGGAGAUCUUCGCCAAGGACAACACGGAGCAGAUCCGAAUAGUGGAGCGCCUGUUCAACAGCUCGCUGGUGGUGCUGGUCACCGCUCAGAAGCCAAACUGCCUCAAGAUGCUGCACUUCAAGAAGAAGCAGGACAUCUGCAACUGCUUCUACCCGUCGGAGAUCCUGUGCGUCCGCAUGAACCGCCAGCGGCUGAUCGUCUGCCUGGCGGAGAGCAUACACAUCCACGACAUCCGCGACAUGAAGAUCCUGCACUCCAUCGAGAACAUCGCUCCCAACGAGCAGGGCCUGUGCGCCCUGUCCCUCAACUCGCACCUGGCCUUCCCGGUCUGCCAGAACAGCGGCGAGCUGCGCAUCUUCAAUGCCAGCAAGCUGCGCACGGGCAUGACCAUCAGGGCCCACGACACGCCCCUCUCGGCCCUGGCCUUCUCGCCCAGCGGCGCCCUGCUGGCCACCGCCUCCGAGCGCGGCACCGUCAUCCGGGUCUUCUGCGUCAAGAAUGGCCAGCGGGUGCAGGAGUUCCGGCGCGGCGUCAGCUGCGUCCGCAUCGCCUCACUGGUCUUCUCGGCCAGCGGGGACUUCCUCUGCGCCUCCUCCAACACGGAGACCGUCCACGUCUUCAAGAUCGACGCGCGGGCAGUGGAGAGCGUCGAACUGAAGGCGAUAGCGGAUGUGGCGGCGAAGUCAGAAAACUCUGCGAACGAGUCAGUAGCGGCCACAGCAGCGGAGGAAGCCAAUAAAACCGCCGCGCCAGUGGCCAGCUGGGGCGGAAUGUUCUCCAAGGCGGUGUCCUCGUUGCUGCUGCCCACGCAGGUCAGCGAAGUGCUGGCCCAAGACCGAUCCUUCGCCACGGUGCAGCUGGCCCAGGGCGGCCUGAGGCACAUCUGCGCCCUGACCCGCGUCCAGAAGGAGCUGCGUCUGCUGAUUGCGUGCGAGGACGGCUUCCUGUACGUGCACGAGUUCCUGGCGGAUCGGGGCGGAGCCUGCAAACUGCUGUCGGUCCACGACCUGCGUGGUGCCCUGGAGGACGUCAUCGAGCUGCAGCUGAGCGAAAGCGUGCUGAGGUCGCAGAUCAAGGCGGCGAGUCCUGCGUCCAUGACGUCUAUGACGCAGCCCUCGCUUACCCUGCUGAAGAGCUGUGCGGCCAGUGUUCUCAUCGAGAAUCCGGAUCCGACGCAGGAUAACAGCUAUGCGAGCAUCCUGAAAGGUGACCAGGCGGAUGCGAUGUCAGAUUCCGCCAAGUUUCGCAAGCUCUGCGACGCCAUUGACACUCCAACGAAGCUCUACGAUGAGCGGCAAUUUCCGCCCGUGGCCAUUGCCGCCAAGGAUUGACCACGGCGCCACUGCCCCAAGGAUAUGGUCAUGGUUGAUAAACAGCAGAUGGUUUAGCAAUUUUAGAGAAUUUUGCAAGGACAUUACCUUAGACAAAUCUCCCCAAACGAAAGUUAUGACAAAUGUACCCCAAGAUCUACCUAAAAGCAAAAAUACUCUUAAAAAAAGUAUUUUAAUUAAUAUAUUAUAAGAAAAAAUCUGUUAGUUUCUGUCUAAUACUGUAUAUAAGAGACAAUGGCACGUCUACCAAGUAAAGCUUGAUUUUCUUGUUCUGUUUAUUUAUUCCUGUCCUAGUAUUUAAGCAGAUAAUAUCUUAUGCAUCUAUUAAAAAUCUGUAUUUUUGUAUGAUAUCAAUUCCGUAAUUUAAUAAGUCUAUAGGAAUAGGUAACUAAAAUCGAUGGUUAAAAAAUAUUGUGCGACAGAAGCUCUAAAAAAUAAACAAAAAAUAAAAAAGUAAAAAAACGAAAGCAAGAAAGAAAAGCAACAAAUAAUGUACCUUAAAAGAAAAAAAAAGAAAAAACAAACGUAUUUAACUAGCUUUGCAAAAAAAAGUUUACCCAAAUAAUGUAUAACAAUAUCGUAAAUAUUAUAA